AUUCAUCCGAUAGCAUUGAGGAGUUUACCACAACAGUCGCAGGGUUCAUCAAUAAGGGCACAGACAAUGUCAUCUCCACAGUGACUAUACGAAAGUAUCCAAACCAAAAAUCAUUGAUUACAGACAAUAUCUGUUCUGGGCUAAAGGCUAGAGCUACCGCUUGCUUACAAGGAAUGGGACAUGGACGCAUGCAAGAAAGCCUGCUACGACCUCCGACUAGACAUCAAACAUGCAAAAGGAUACUAUAGUAGGAAGGUGGAAUCCUAUUACACCAGCUUCGAUGCUCGUCGUAUGCGGUAGGGCCUGCAGACGAUAAUGAAUUACAAAGGGAAACCCAGCCGUGAGUAACCCAGUAAUGCAGAACUCCCAAUCCAGCUGAAAGCCUUUUAUUCUCGCUUCGAGGAAUACAACACUGUGUCUAGCGUGAAAGACCCUGUUUUUCUGGAGGACUGUGUGAUCUCUCUCUCCGUGGCCGAUGUGAGCAAAACGUUUAAACAGGUUAACAAUCACACAAACGGAAUACCAGGGUGCGUUCUCAAAGCAUGAGCAGACCAGAGCUCCAAGGUUUGGAAUCUAUUCAGUAAUUCCAGGCAGAGAGGAGAAGAGUGAAGAUGCCAAUGUCUGGAGAAUUGUCCCUGUUCCUGCCCUUGGGUGGGGCGUUGGUGAUGGCGGCGGUCAUGCUGUUUAAUCUGAUUAGGCAGACUGUCUCUGCGGACCCCUGGGAGAUUAACCGCAGCUCUAUAAAACUGGGGAGGUGCCUGGGCGAAGGUUUCUUUGGAGUGGUCUAUGAAGGGCUCUAUAACAACACUCCAGUUGCAGUGAAGACCCUUAGACGUGGCACCAUGGACCCUGGGGACUUCCUAAAAGAGGCCCAGAUCAUGAAGACUAUGGAGCAUCCUAACCUCAUCCAGCUCUUGGCUGUCUGCACUGAAGAACCCAUCUACAUCAUCACUGAGCUAAUGAAGAACGGAAGUCUGCUGGAUUACCUGAAGGUCAGGGUUGGAAGGCUACGUUUAAAUGACCAGAUUGAGAUGGCAGCCCAAGUGGCUUCUGGGAUGGCUUAUCUGGAGAUGAAGAAAUACAUCCACAGGGACCUGGCAGCCAGGAAUGUGCUGGUUGGCGAGAACAACGUCUACAAGGUGGCUGACUUUGGCCUUGCCAGGGUCUUACAAGCCCCACCAAAGCUUUUGAAUCAGACCAACCUGUAUUAUAUACCUGUAGGGAAAGCGAUAUUCCCUUUGAGAUGGACGGCUCCUGAGGCCAUCGCCAACGAGAAGUUCACCAUCAAGUGUGACGUGUGGUCCUUCGGAAUCUUGCUGUAUGAGAUCAUGACCUUUGGGCAGAUGCCCUAUCCAAACAUGGACGACUCCGAGGUGAAACAGAGGGUUCCCGGUGGGUACAGGAUGCCUUGCCCUGUUGACCACUACUGUUCCCAAGACAUGUACAAGAUCAUGUUGGACUGCUGGAAGGAGAAUAAAAAUGACAGGCCCACUUUCAACGCUCUGAUAAUGAGUCUGAGGAACGUUAGAGGUUGAAGGUUUUAUGUAAUCACUCUUGAGUAUCGAUUAAAUAGCAGUAAUUAAAUGUUAGUCUUGUUUCUCAGCUCUGUCAUCUCUUUUUGAGGGUCUGGAAUGUUCCUUAGUGUUGUGUGUUACUGAAGACUAUCUUAAAGUGCUACCAUGACCACAUUGCUGAUUUUACUGACUGCGCUGGGAAGGGAUAAAAGUUGAUGUCAUCUCUGCUGUCUUCAGACAUGGUGUGUGCUUCCAAAUUAAACCUUUUCUUUCUGCCUUUA